UGAUUACUCGCCGGCAACCCGGUGAUCGAGGAGCAUUACCGAUGGAGGGAGAGAAGUUUUGUAAACAAAACAAUUCUCUCCCGUCAGCUCCUGCACACUGCUUUGCACAUGGCUCAUGCAAAGCAUUGUGCUUACAGUGAAGCACAAGCAGCCCAGUAUGUAAAACUACACACAGUUAACCCUUUGAUCGCCCAGCAUGUUAACCCCUUCCUGCCCAGUGCCAUUAGUAGUGUCAGUGCUUUUUAUUAGCACUGAUCACUGUAUUGGUGUCACUGGGGAUGUCAGUGACACCAAGUCAGUUCCCCCCCAGUGUCAGAAUGCAAGCCACAGUCCCGCUAUAGGUCGCUGA